AUGCAUCAAACAAUACACACAGGAGAACGCCUUCAUGAGUGUCUAAUAUGCAAUGAGAGAUUCAUACAAACAAACAAUUUAAAACUACAUUUAUUAAAACAUGCUGGAGUGCGUCCUUAUGCUUGUGCAACUUGUAAUAGAACAUUCCUGUCAAAAGCUAGAUUAACCGAACAUGAAGUAAGCCAUACUGAAGAAAGACCUUAUACAUGUGAUUUAUGCAAUAAAGCCUUCAAAUCAAGAAAAUACUUAAAAAAACAUGAAGUCAGUCAUAAGGGAGAAUAUCGCCAUGAGUGUGACAAAUGUGAUAAAAUAUUCAAAAGAAAACAAGAAUUAACUGUGCAUGAAUUGACUCACUCUGAAUCCAUUCAUAAAUGCGAAACAUGCAAUAAAACAUUUGCGAGAAAAGAUACAUUAAAUGCACAUAAAAGGUUGCACACUGGACAAAGCGUUUUUAAAUGUGAAAUAUGCUACAAAACUUUCUCAACAAAACAAUCAUUAAAGUACCAUGAAGUGAUUCAUACCGGGGAACGCCCCUUUAAAUGCGAAAUAUGCAAUAAGGACUUUACUCAAAUGAACGUUUUGAGAAUGCAUUUAACUGUGCAUAGCGAGGAUCGAGAGCAUGAAUGUGGGAUAUGCUAUAAAUUAUUCAAAACAAGUCAAGCAUUGAAUCAACAUAAAGUUGUUCAUAUGGAAAGUCCUUAUAAAUGUGACAAGUGCGGCAAUGCAUAUAAAGCAAAUCGGUCAUUAAAACGACAUGCAAAAACUCAUUUGGAAUAUUGA